UGUGUGUGUGUGUGUGUGUGUGUGAGAGCUGUUCCUAAGCUAAGGUUCCCUGUGUCCCUUUUCCUGUCCCCUGAGGUCUAACCUGCUUGCCCCAGCCGCAGCCUGGAGCAGCUCCCCUGUUCUGCUAUGGUUAUAUGUAUCAACAGCUCUUUCCUCUGGGCGCACCACUGUUGAGAUGCAGCAGCAGGCUUGUUGCCUCCAGUGUCUGUGGUCUAAGUUAUGGGUGGUGGUGGUUGUGCUGGGGCCUUUGAAUUCUAGUGUUAUUUUCUACCACUGAGCUAUACUCCCCUGCCCGCCAGUGGUCUUUGUGCAUAGAGAAUAUUGGUGGUCUCCAAGAAAGCACCGGGAGUGAAAAUUUGAAAGUAUUGUGAAUUCUAGACUCUUAGAUCCCAGCGGUUCAUCUUUCUCUCUGGCCUGCAGGUUGGGUAAAUUUGAGGAAUUACCAUAAUCAGUAAGGGGAUGGAGUUUUUCAGAGGUCACUCAAGGCACCGGAACAAGGCCCCAAGGCCAUUUCUCCUGAAAUGUGCCAAAUUCAUUAUCCGACAGAGACGACAGCAUUGGGCUUUCUUGCAGUGAACAUUCUCUAACCAGCAUCUUAAGCCUGGUUUUACCACUCUGAUGUCUCCAGUCUCGCUUUCCUGACUCCCUUAAGGCCCUUCACUGUGUCCCCAUGAGUGGUGUGUGGCAGUGGUGCUGGCCAGGCAGCGCAGAUGGGCCUGCAGGACCCUGGCACCUGAGCACGCACAGCCCUUGGCCCUGUUCUCCUCUGGAAACUGGUCUGUCUUCACAUCUCCUCUUGGGAUGUUCCUCCGUCAUCAGGCUUGGCGGUUCCAAUCUUUCCUUCAUUCUUUCUUAGGUCCCUCACUGUGCCCAGGUGAGGUCUCAGCCUGUGGAGUCGGAGUCAGCUUCCUUCCUGUCCAUGAGGUUAGGUAGGGAGAGCAGGAUUGACUCUUCACUGCUGAGCACGUUAUGAACAAAGGCUGCUCUGGUCUCUGGUUUUCCUGACAGUUUAUUUCCCACCUUCUCCCACCCUGAUCCUCCUUAGAAAAGCUGUCUUCUCCCUGGACACUUCCCCCAAAGGAGGAACAGGGUAGGGCUAGGGAAGGAGGAAGGUAAGGUAAGGGAGGGAGGCCAUCAUGCUUCUUUGAACAUGGAAGCCCACUUCCUGUCUUCCAGAUGUUUAGCGCUCAGAAUUUCCGUGACCCAAAUGUUCUUAAACACCCAUCUUCUUUCCCGCCAGCUAGGUACCUCUUCUCCUAAACAUGUGGGGCCUCAUCCAUUGUAGCGGGUCAUUAAUGCCUCCCUCUGACCUCUCUAUCUUUUGCCAGUUUCAGUAAGUCUCUCCCCCCGCCCCCCACACAAGGGAAGGAACAGAGCUCUCACCUUCUCCUGCCCCAGUAAAGUCCCUCUCUGUCAUGAGACUACUUCCCGUCCCCUUCCUGGAGCCUCCUAGGACUCGACUCCUCAGUGUGAGGCUCAUCUUCUGACCCUUUAAAAUCGACAGGCACUUCGUGCCCAAUAGGUCUCUUCAGAUGUACGGGGACCCCCUAUGCACCGAACCCAAUACGUUCAUUCCCCAUACGAUCGUCCUGGUUGGAACCCUCGGUUCUGCAUCAUCUCGGGGAACCAGCUGCUCAUGCUGGAUGAGGAUGAGAUACACCCCCUUCUGAUCCGCGACCGGAGGAGCGAGGCCAGCCGCAACAAGCUGCUGAGACGCACGGUCUCUGUGCCGGUGGAGGGGCGGCCCCACGGCGAGCAUGAAUACCACUUGGGUCGCUCGAGGAGGAAGAGUGUCCCAGGGGGGAAGCAGUACAGCAUGGAGGCCGCCCCCGCUGCGCCCUUCCGGCCCUCGCAAGGCUUCCUGAGCCGGAGACUAAAAAGCUCUAUCAAACGUACAAAGUCACAACCCAAACUUGACCGAACCAGCAGCUUUCGCCAGAUCCUGCCUCGCUUCCGAAGUGCUGACCAUGACCGGGCCCGGCUGAUGCAAAGCUUUAAGGAGUCCCACUCCCAUGAAUCCUUGCUGAGUCCUAGUAGUGCUGCUGAGGCCUUGGAGCUCAACUUAGAUGAAGACUCCAUCAUCAAGCCGGUGCACAGCUCCAUCCUGGGCCAGGAGUUCUGCUUUGAGGUGACAACAUCGUCUGGAACAAAGUGUUUUGCCUGUCGAUCUGCGGCCGAAAGGGACAAAUGGAUUGAGAAUCUGCAGAGGGCUGUGAAGCCCAACAAGGACAACAGCCGCCGGGUAGAUAAUGUGCUGAAACUAUGGAUCAUAGAGGCUCGAGAGCUGCCCCCCAAGAAGCGGUAUUACUGCGAGCUGUGCCUGGAUGACAUGCUGUAUGCACGUACCACCUCCAAGCCCCGCUCAGCUUCAGGAGACACCGUCUUCUGGGGCGAGCACUUUGAGUUCAACAACCUGCCGGCUGUCCGGGCCCUGCGGCUGCAUCUAUACCGUGACUCAGACAAAAAGCGGAAGAAGGACAAGGCAGGCUAUGUUGGCCUGGUGACUGUACCGGUGGCCACCCUGGCUGGGCGCCACUUUACAGAGCAGUGGUACCCCGUGACCUUGCCAACAGGCAGUGGGGGCUCUGGGGGUAUGGGCUCAGGAGGAGGAGGGGGGUCAGGGGGUGGCUCGGGGGGCAAGGGGAAAGGAGGUUGCCCUGCCGUGAGGCUGAAAGCCCGUUACCAGACAAUGAGCAUCCUGCCCAUGGAGCUGUAUAAAGAGUUUGCAGAGUAUGUAACCAACCAUUAUCGGAUGCUGUGUGCAGUGCUGGAGCCUGCCCUGAAUGUCAAGGGCAAGGAGGAGGUUGCCAGUGCACUGGUUCACAUACUGCAGAGCACAGGCAAGGCCAAGGAUUUCCUUUCAGACAUGGCCAUGUCAGAGGUAGACCGGUUCAUGGAACGGGAACACCUCAUAUUCCGCGAGAACACGCUCGCCACUAAAGCCAUAGAAGAGUAUAUGAGACUGAUUGGUCAGAAAUACCUCAAGGAUGCCAUUGGGGAGUUCAUCCGUGCUCUGUACGAGUCUGAGGAGAACUGUGAAGUAGAUCCCAUCAAGUGCACGGCGUCCAGCCUGGCAGAGCACCAGGCCAACCUGCGGAUGUGCUGUGAGUUGGCCCUGUGCAAGGUGGUCAACUCCCAUUGCGUGUUCCCGAGGGAGCUGAAGGAGGUGUUUGCAUCUUGGCGGUUGCGUUGUGCAGAGCGGGGCCGGGAGGACAUUGCUGACAGGCUGAUCAGCGCCUCGCUCUUCCUGCGCUUCCUCUGCCCAGCCAUCAUGUCGCCCAGUCUGUUUGGGCUUAUGCAGGAGUACCCAGAUGAGCAGACCUCACGAACCCUCACCCUCAUCGCCAAGGUCAUCCAGAACCUGGCCAACUUUUCCAAGUUUACCUCAAAGGAAGACUUCCUAGGCUUCAUGAACGAAUUUCUGGAGCUGGAGUGGGGCUCCAUGCAGCAGUUCUUGUAUGAGAUAUCCAACCUGGACACACUGACCAACAGCAGCAGCUUUGAGGGCUACAUAGACCUGGGCCGCGAGCUCUCCACACUCCAUGCCCUGCUCUGGGAGGUGCUGCCCCAGCUCAGCAAGGAAGCCCUCCUGAAGCUGGGCCCGCUGCCCCGGCUCCUCAAUGACAUCAGCACAGCCCUGAGGAACCCUAACAUCCAAAGGCAGCCGAGCCGCCAGAGUGAGCGGACUCGGCCUCAGCCCGUGGUGCUGCGAGGGCCAUCAGCCGAGAUGCAGGGCUACAUGAUGCGGGACCUCAAUAGCUCCAUCGACCUUCAGUCCUUCAUGGCUCGAGGCCUCAACAGCUCUAUGGACAUGGCUCGCCUCCCCUCCCCAACCAAGGAAAAGCCACCCCCACCGCCACCCGGUGGGGGUAAAGACCUGUUCUAUGUGAGCCGGCCGCCACUGGCCCGGUCAUCCCCAGCGUACUGCACAAGCAGCUCGGACAUCACAGAGCCAGAGCAGAAGAUGCUGAGUGUUAACAAGAGCGUGUCCAUGCUGGACCUUCAGGGCGAUGGGCCUGGGGGCCGCCUUAACAGUAGCAGUGUUUCCAACCUGGCAGCUGUCGGGGACCUGUUGCACUCAAGCCAGGCCUCACUGACAGCAGCCUUAGGGCUGCGGCCUGCACCUGCCGGGCGCCUCUCCCAAGGGAGUGGCUCUUCCAUCACAGCAGCUGGCAUGCGCCUCAGCCAGAUGGGUGUCACCACGGAUGGUGUCCCUGCCCAGCAACUGCGCAUUCCCCUUUCCUUCCAGAACCCUCUCUUCCACAUGGCUGCUGAUGGGCCAGGGCCCCCAGGGGGCCACGGAGGGGGCAGUGGUCAUGGUCCACCUUCCUCACAUCACCACCACCACCACCAUCACCACCAUCGAGGUGGAGAGCCCCCAGGGGACACCUUUGCCCCAUUCCAUGGCUAUAGCAAGAGCGAGGACCUCUCCUCAGGGGUCCCUAAGCCCCCUGCCGCCUCCAUCCUUCACAGCCACAGCUACAGUGAUGAGUUUGGACCCUCUGGUACUGAUUUCACCCGUCGGCAGCUCUCACUUCAGGACAACCUUCAGCAUAUGCUGUCCCCUCCCCAGAUCACCAUCGGUCCCCAGAGGCCAGCUCCCUCUGGGCCCGGAGGUGGAAGUGGUGGGGGCAGUGGUGGGGGUGGUGGGGGCCAGCCGCCUCCCUUGCAGAGGGGCAAGUCUCAACAGUUGACAGUGAGUGCUGCCCAGAAACCCCGGCCAUCCAGCGGGAACCUUCUGCAGUCCCCGGAGCCAAGUUAUGGUCCUGCCCGUCCACGGCAACAGAGCCUCAGCAAAGAGGGCAGCAUUGGGGGCAGCGGGGGCAGCGGUGGCGGAGGGGGUGGGGGGCUCAAGCCCUCCAUCACCAAGCAGCAUUCCCAGACGCCAUCCACGCUGAACCCCACGAUGCCGGCCUCGGAACGAACUGUAGCCUGGGUCUCCAAUAUGCCUCACCUGUCAGCUGACAUUGAGAGUGCGCACAUUGAGCGGGAAGAGUACAAACUCAAGGAAUACUCAAAAUCGAUGGAUGAGAGUCGGCUGGACAGGGUGAAGGAGUACGAGGAGGAGAUUCACUCACUGAAGGAGAGGCUACACAUGUCCAACCGGAAGCUGGAAGAGUAUGAGCGGAGGCUGCUGUCUCAGGAAGAACAGACCAGCAAGAUCCUGAUGCAGUAUCAAGCCCGCCUGGAGCAGAGUGAGAAGCGCCUGAGGCAGCAGCAGGUGGAAAAGGACUCCCAGAUCAAGAGCAUCAUUGGCAGGCUGAUGCUGGUGGAGGAGGAGCUGCGUCGGGACCACCCCGCCAUGGCUGAGCCGCUGCCUGAACCCAAGAAGAGGCUGCUCGACGCUCAGGUGGAGAGGCAGCUUCCCCCCUUGGGUCCAACAAACCCGCGUGUGACGCUGGCCCCACCUUGGAACGGCCUGGCCCCCCCAGCCCCACCUCCCCCACCCCGGCUGCAGAUCACAGAGAACGGCGAGUUCCGGAACACCGCAGACCACUAGCCCACCCAGCAUCACAGACCUCCGUCCUUGUGCACCCCACCCCGGAACAUCACCACCCACCAGGACUGGACAUCACCGAGGGACAGCAGGAUUGCCUCCCUUAGUGCCUCCUCGAGGCGCCCAUCCGCCACCUCCACUGCACCAUUUCUAGGAGGGAGAGUGGGACCCUGAGCUGCCCUCUUCACCCCCAGGGACCCUCACCCCAGGACACCACCUACCCACAGACCCCUUCACUCCGGGGUGCUAUCCCCACCCUCUGCCUCAUAGUUCCCCUGAGCACUGGGGGACAGACCCUCACCCCCACACUGGGGGUGAGGCACCUCCAAACUUUCAACUUCAGGGUGAUUUUUUAGCAGUAACCAGAGCUGACAAUCUAACUCCCCUCCACCACCCCAUUUUGGCCUCCCCUGUCCCCCUUGUUAUGGGGAGGGGACCCCGGGUGAGGGGGCCCUAUUACCCCUUGAUUUCUCAGGAGCGUCUGGGGGGGCUCAGCACGCACAAACUCCUCCUCUUCUUUCCACUCUUACAUUUACUUUCCCCACCCAGAACCCAGAUGGGGUGGAGGGGGCCACCGGGGCAGGGAGGGGGCGGCAAGGGGGGAAUGGGAGUUGCCUCCCCUUCUUCCCACACCUGAUCUGCUCUUGGCUGGUCCCAGAGCGGGGUGAGGGGGCUUAUGCCCCCCCCUCCCCCAGUGUGUUGGGUGGGGUGGAAUUGAGGUUCGGAUGAGGGGUUAGGGUUUAGGAGGCCAUGUGUGUUGGGUUGUGGAGGACAGACUAGCUGACCUGCCUUACCCUGACAUACAGCCAGCCCCUACCCUUCCCUCUUUUGUCUCUACUCCCAUGGGGAGGGGGAACUUACUCUAGGAAAAGCCAUGUCUCUCUCCCCCAGGGUGGGGGACCUGUGUUGGAGGAUGGGUGUUUGGGGGCCUCCUUCCAUGACUCUGUCCCCUGGGGGAGGUAGGACAGGGCUGGGCUUCCCUCUCACCCUCCCCCCUCACCCAGUCUCCCUCCCUCCCGCCAGCUCCACGAUUUUUCGGUGUUUCUCUGUACAUAGCUCUCUGGCGGGAUAGGGGAGGUAGGAUGGAUGGGGUUUGGGGUGGGUAGGCCAUGGAAGGGAGAAAUCCCUCCUGGGUACCCCCUCUUCUCUGACUGCUGUCCCCUACCCAGCCUUGUCUCUAACCCCUUCUUGCGUUUGGUAUUGAGAAUUCCUCCCAGACUCCAGACUCGACCUUUUGUAUGGACAGCUCUCCUUCAAUCUUACCCCUCUACACACAUCCACCCAGCCGGGGCCAAAUUUAUACUUAUAUAAAAGUUGUAAAUAUGUGAAAUUUUAUCCCGUUCCCUUUCCUCUGCUUACCCCACUUCAGGCCCUACCCUCGUACCUCCCCCCUCCUCUUUGGCUGUUGUAAUUAUCUGGGGUUUGUACUGUACAUAACGGGCUGGGGGCUGGGAGGCGACCCCUCUGUACAGAGCUUCCUGGCUCCCUAGCCCCACCCCUCACUUCUCUCCCCACCCACCUACCUUAAGAGUGCGAAGACCUUCUUGGUACUCAUUUUUCUUUGUUUACUCGUUCUCUUUACCGCCCCUACUCCUAGCCCCGCCCCCUUUCUCCCACUCCCAGCCCCAUUUCCUUUUUUUCUGGAGUGUGUGGUGAAACAGAAAAAUCAUGUUUAAUAAACGGAGAUUGUUCUUUUA